AUGUUUAACCAGCACCAAGUCAGUGGUUACUAUUCCAUCACAGACCCAAUCACAGGCCUUUGCUACUAUUUCUUCGCAGACCCAAACACAGGCCGUAGCUACCCUAUCUUCAAAAACUCAAUCAUAAUCCGUGGCUACCGUAUCUUCAAAGACCCAUACACACAGGAACCGGUCAUAGUUUAUGUGGAUCAGAAUCAACGUAUCCUCUCUCCUGGUCAAUUCAUUUUUGAUCAAUAUAUCAAUGGCGAGCCUCGCAUUGCCUAUAAAAUCCGUGUUGCACCACAGAGAUCCCGAGCUACACGAGCUCAUCCUACAGUUUUUACACAAGAAGGUGCACCACCUAUUGAUGCCACAGCUCAAUCAGCAACUGCAGCACCAGCUCAAGCUCAAGCUUCAGUUGGGUUCACGUCUCAAAUUGAACCCCAACUUUCACUCUCUGAUGUUGAUGAUCAAACCUUAUUUGAAAUGCUGUACAAUUCAUCUUGGGAGAAAUAA